AGCAUGCUUUGUUCCUUUAAGCUCAUCUUGGUGUCCAUGUUACUUGUUUACUCCCUGGGCCUCAACAAUUUGGUUGUUCCCACCGCUACCCUGACAGUCCAUGUGGGUGAUCCAGUGCUGAUGGUGUGUGCUUUCCAAACCACAGAAGAGAAACGCAUGAUCAAGGUGGACUGGAUGUUUUCAUCAAAAGAGAACGCCAAGGAUGAUUACGUGCUGUACUAUUAUUCCAACCUCAGCGUGCCAGUGGGGCGCUUCAUCAACCGUGUCCGCUUGGUGGGGAAUGGCUCACGCAAUGAUGGGUCUCUUCUGCUCCAAAAUGCCCAAGAGGCUGACCAAGGGACUUAUACCUGCGAGAUCCGCCUGGAAAUGGAGAGCCGAGUGUUCAAGAAAGAGGUGGUGCUGAACGUAAUACCGGAGGAGCCCAAAGAGCUUGUGGUCCACGAGGGUGAUUCAAUUCAGAUGGGGUGUGUUUUCAAGAGGACAGAAGAUAAACAUGUGACCAUGUUAGAAUGGGUGUUCUCAUCAGGAGAGCAUGGUAAGACGGAGAUGGUGUUGCACUAUUCCCUGCAGCUCAGUGAAGCUGUGGGGCGCUUCCAGAACCGUGUAAAACUGGUGGGGGACAUCUCUCGCAACAAUGGCUCCAUCAUUCUCCAAGGAGUGGAGGAAUCUGACAGCGGAAACUACACCUGCACGAUCCACCUGGGGAGCCUAGAGUUUAAAAAAACCAUUCUGCUGCGUGUGAUCCUGAAAGAGCCCAGAACACUGGUGACCCCUGCAGCCCUGACGCCUGAUGUCCUGGGUGGGAAUCAGCUGGUGAUCAUUGUGGGCAUCGUCUGCAGCACCAUCCUGCUGCUUGCAGUCCUGAUACUGAUCAUGAAGCGAACACACAGGAAUAAGAGUUCAGAGAAUCCUACGACCCUGGUCAAAAGCCUGGAGAACACAAAGAAAGUGAUGCCAGAGAAACACAUUUAUACCUCGAUAAAUACAAAAGAAGUGACGGAGGAAGAAGAAUCAGCUGGGAAAUCAGAGCCAACCUACAUGACCAUGCACCCAGUCUGGCCUCCUGUGAGCGGCAUUCAGAAAAAGGAGGAGGCCGGCAAUGCCAAACCAAAAAUCUCUGGCACCUGGGCUGACAUGUGCCUGCGGCAGCACGGGGGCGAAAGUGCUGCAGACCCGGACUUGGCUGGUGGCCGCUGUCCCUCUGUCCCUCCGGGCACACCUGUGCGCUAG